GUCUUUCUGUGUCAAAAGAAAAUUUUCAGCUGCGAUGAUAGCGCCGACUACCGUGACUUGCGCUUUGAGCCGCUGCUAACAGCAAAGACUCCGCUUUGUAGCAUCGCUUUUUCUUCGCGGCCGUCCGGCGUCCUGUACGUACAUCCCCACAGCUCGUUACGGACCAGUGAGUUUCCGCAGGACGCGGCCUAGUCUUUUUUUUUGCUGCGGGGACAACCGUUGUUUGUUUCCAGAACCCAGUAACACGGUGUCCUGAGAGCAGGGUUUCCAACAGUUGCUUUCUUCGCGACGUUCCUACCCACUGCCGACUGCUCUGGCGGCGAGGGAGCUCUGGCGUUUCUUCGCAUGUGUCGAUUGUCAACGGGUUCUCCGCUGACCCUCUCUGUUGGGAUUUGGUUCUUGCUUGCGUGCAGGUGGAUUUCCAAGUCACUGGGUUGUUCAGGCAGAUUCGAUUUUUUCAGGGAGAAACAUUCGCAAAUCUGUAUCGCGCUUUUCAAGAUGUCGGGCGAGAACGACGGAGACGUGAGCUCGAAAGCGUACCCGCUCGCUUCGCUUGAGGUGACAAACCAAAUUUUGGAUAUCGUGCAGCAGGCCUGCAGCUACAAGCAGCUGAGAAAAGGAGCCAAUGAAGCAACAAAGACUCUGAACAGAGGAACUGCUGAGAUCGUCAUUCUGGCGGCGGACGCAGAGCCCCUGGAAAUUCUGCUGCACCUUCCGCUGCUCUGUGAAGACAAGAACGUCCCGUAUGUUUUCGUCAGGAGCAAGGUUGCUCUUGGGCGCGCUUGUGGAGUUUCUCGCCCUGUCAUUUCGUGCUCCAUCACCAACAAAGAAGGUUCCGCGCUGAACCCGCAGAUUGCAGAGCUCAAGAACAUCAUUGAAAUGAUGCUCAUCUAGAAAGAGGGAUCGAAAUGUGUUCACCUCCAGCUUUGUGACCAGAAAGGAGGCGGCCAGUCGAAUUCUGGCUAUCUAUGUGUCUUCUUUUUUGACAGGGCCGCUAGCGACGCUCUCCGAUGAGGUUUGAUAUUUAGGUGCGUGCGUUCGCACCGAUACUGGCAUGUGUGUGUGGAUCCGAUUGUGCUCGGCGUUCGAACGCGAAUGCACUUGAGCCGCCUUGCACUGGUUUCUCAUCCUCUGUGUGGGUAGCCUGUUGAACGCGUACGAAGACAGUAAUGCUUGGCCAAAACGAUGCGAGAAAGCUUUUGUUCAAUAGGUGGUAUUGUUC